GCGAAAACGGUAAACCCCUCCCCUCCCCCUCCCAUUCCGUUCGUAACAAAUCCUCCACUCCAUUCCUCCUCCGGGGAUCGCGACGCCGCAUCAACGGCCGCCGCGCGACCUCCACGGCGACACUGACCCGCUCGUCCUCCCUUCCCCACGCGUGCAGUACGAGGAGGCAUAGAGAAGAGGGAUCAUGGACUUUGAGAGCACUCAGGACGAUUACUGUUUCCAAGAAAAUGUUCUGCCGCACGGAGAUGGGUCAAAUGGAGCUGGAAACUCAGCCGGUGUUAUGUCUAGGGUGGACCUCGAAAUUGAAUUUGGCUCCGAGAAGUUACUGAAUUUAGAGAUUCUAGUGAUGGAGGUAGCUAACCGAGCAAAUGAUAUUGAGCCUCUCAUGCUGGACCCUGGGUCGCUUUCAACUGAGUCGUUCGAGAAAGCUUUCGAAUUUGACGUCUUGUAUGGGAUUCUAGAUGCAGAAGUCAGGGAGUUGGAGAGGUUAGUCAGUUAUAUUCAAAUUGAGAUUGGAAAUGUCGAAAAGAAGGUUAACGGGGAAGAAUCAGAGGACUGGUUGAAGGGUAAGCUGCAUGGUGCCACAGAAUCCUUGAAGCAGAUGCAGGAGGUGAUAGCUACAAUUAGAAGAGAGUCUGCAAACUUUGAUAAAGCCCUAGACCCUUCCCGCCAUAAAGCUGAAAAUAGUGAAGAUGAUGCAUAUGAAAAUGGACACAUUUCAUCUCACACAACUAUCCAGGACGAGGGCCAAAGAAAUGUUCUUCAGAUGUUAGAACAGUCGAUAGCAAAUGAAUUAGAUCUUGAAAAUAAGCUAAGUGAUUUGGGCGUUCUCGUGGAAGAGCUGAAAAUGAAGCUGCAUCAUGUUGAACAAGGGUCGUAUUUGUUGGAGGAAUCUGUUGAAACGAUUUCUGAAAGAAUGUUUGCAGCAGAAAAUGCUUCCGAGUUGUUUCUUGUAGCGUCAAAGGAACUUGUUAACAGAAUUAAUACCAUGCAGUACCAACUAAGUGCAUCAGGUUGUAGGGAAAGUGAUCUUAAAUCAAAGCUAGAGCAAAGCUUGGUGCAGUUAAAUACUUUGAAUGGCUCGCUGAAGAUGAUGCAAGACAGCGGUGAGAAGAGUGCUAGCCAGGAUUCCAUGCAGAGUCAAAGGCUGUCAACCCCUGAGUUCUUCACCUUACAGCAUAAGGUUCAGAAACUGGAGGAAUUGCUGAGGGAAUCUUGCUCCCAAUUGCAGUUCGUAACAGUAUCGACAGAAGGAAAUGAAAAAGAGCACAAUAUGUCACAGUCUGAGAUGAGCACUUUUAGGAAUAUAAUCAAUGAUAUUAAAGAGGCUGUUUCCAAAGCAGAAAGUAGAACACAAAUGGCUGAAGCAAGGUGUGCAGAGCUCACUCACGCUAAUGUACAACUUAAUGGGGAGCUAAACCAUAUGAAGACUCGGGGGUCAGAUAAAGCAGGCUUAUCGGAAAUGGAUCUUAUGGAGACAGAAGCUCAGUUAGAGCAUACAAUGGCAUCAGUUGAGGCUAUUAGUGAACAUCAGAGCAUGUUAAAGUCGUCAAUCUCUGAUAUGCAACAUGUGAUUGAAGAUCUGAAGGAGAAAUAUUUGAAAGCUGAAACCAGGGCUGAGAGUGCUGAAUCAAAAUGUACAUUGUUGACAGAUACUAACUUUGAGCUUAGUGAAGAGAUAUCAUUUCUGAGAGGUCGAGUAGAAGGUUUAGAGAACUCAUUACACCAGGCUAACCAACUAAAGCUGUCCACUGCAAAAGAUAUUGGUAUUAAAACUAAGACCAUCACUGACUUGGUCGCGAAACUUGCAUUGGAAAGAGAACGCCUUCAUCUACAGAUUGUCACACUAACAAAGAAGAACAGAAUGUUGACUCAAAAAUGCAAAGAGAAUGUCAAUGAAGGCACCUUGUUGAGCAAAAAGGUUACUGCUAAUGAAGGUGAACUCAGGCCAACUAAUGUAACAGGGGAAGUAGUUCUGGGUUCUUCACCAAUGCAGACAAAGGUGAAGGCUGACGCUCUUAUUGGAGAAAAGGAAGCUGGGAUUACUGCUGCGCUUGAUGAUGAAUCUGGCACUCUUGAGACCGUGCGUCCUAUGGAGCCAAUACUCCUGAACUGGAAGUACAUUUUCGUGGCAUUCCUUGUCUUGUUGGCUGCCGCUCUUGUGCACCUACAACUAACUUAACCUGUAGUACCAGGUAGUACGGAAUAGGUCCUGUCUUGUGAUGAUACAGAAAUAGCCAAUCUUAUUUCUGUCCCGGAUUUUUCGUA